AUGUCGGCCCCAAAUUUCAAAAUGGUGGAGAAUCGUAAAUACAACGAGGAGGAGAUCAGAUUCGUCGUCUCCCGCGACCAGGCCAGGUGGGACCACAGCACCAUCGCCAAGGCCUUCAAGCAGCACUUUGGCGAGUACUGGGCCAGCCGCAACUUCACCAGGAAGCAGGUGCAGUAUAUCAAGAACACCUACAAGCCGGCGCCAGGCGUGAUCCCGACAUACACCGGCCCCAUCCCGGAAUUCACGCCAUCGCCGGAGCCGGAGGAGAGUCCACAACCGGCUUCCUCAUCCUCCUCCUCCUCCGCGGCCGGCCGCCGGCGCAGGCAGGCGGCCGGGCGGGCUCGGAAACGCUCGGCGAGCGACCGCACGCCCAUGAACCAGACCUCACCCUACUGGCAGACGCCGACGAACCAGACGCCCACGCAUGAACAGCCAGCCAGCCCCGCAGCCGGGCCGUCGCGCAAGAGGCAGAGGACCCAGGGUCCAGUGCCCGUUGUCGAGGGCGGCGCCUCGGGUGAGGGCCACGUGCUGCACGGCACGACCAACCCCAUUGACCCUCUGGGAGGCCACUUCGACGUGGCCCCCGAGGAGGGCCCGGCACCGAGGACCGCCAGCCUGGACCCCAACAGCCCGGGAAUGCUGCUGCUCGUCGACGACGAUGGCAACGAUGACAACGGCAACGGCAACGGCGCCGGCCUGGGCCUGGCCCCCCUGCCCAACUACCUCGACAUCCACCCCAACGUCCCGCUGCAGUCCAUCGAGCGCCACCGGUCCCUCGCCCCAGGAGGCGGCAGCACCAACGCGCCCGGCUCAGGCCUCCCGACGCCCCAGCACCCCCAGCGUCAGCGUCAGCAGCCAUUCCCAGCCCCCUUCCCAGGCCUCGGCCUCGCCCUCCCGCCCAGCCCGCAGCCCCUCUUCCCCCACCCCUACACCAACCGCGGCGCCGUGGCCCGCGACGACCCGCACGGGGUGUGGUACUUCGACCCGCACGACACGUGCCAGAUCCGCCUGGGCCACCGGCACGACUUUGGCGGCGGCGUCUGGUUCGCGACGGACGCGUGCGCGACCAUGAGCCUGCUGGCGAUGCGGCAGAGCGAGGGCGUCGGCUUCAUGCUGGGCGUCGCGGCCGCCGCGCAGCAGAUCGUGGCGGCCGGCGGGCUGCGGCACCCCGACGGCCGGGCCGUCGACACCCGCGACCUCAUGCGGCAGGCCGCGCUGCUCGUGCGGCUGCACGUGCCCGCGCCCGUGCUGGAUGAUCAUGAUGACGACGGCGAGGGCGGGUUCGGCGUGCCCGACCCGGCUGACGUUGCCGAGCUGGCGGCCAACGGCCGGGGCCUGCCCGCGGGGAGCUUUUAUGAUCCGUUCCAUCGGCGCGUGGUGCGGUAUGGCUUGUCUGGCCGCGGCGGCGGUGCCGGGGGCAGCAGCAGCGCGAGGCCCUCGCGCCAGGGCACGGCUGCUCCUCCUCCUCCUCCCCCUCAGGCCCGCACGAGACAGCGGACGGCGACCCCUCGGGAUGGCAGACCAGCCCGCCAGGGCACUGGUGCCGCGGGACCGUCAAACUGAUUGAUAUUGUAUUCACCUGUCGUCGUCAGACGGAAGGAGGGAGGGAGGACGGAGGGAGGGAGGAAGGCAAGGCUAUAUCUUCGCACGGGGGCGUGCAGUCCGAAGCAGCCUCCGCCACCAGACCACCAGUGUAACAACAACCCGCGAUUCCCAACCCAGCCCUUGGCGUGUGUGUCAGGACCUAGCCUGACACGCUGAAGGCAUACAAGUGAGGGGAGGGGGUAAUAUCAACAUCCCGGGGCAGAGGUACGACCGACGCCCCGACAUCACCAGCCCCUUGACGAGACGCACUCGCUGAUAUGGACGUGACAGGACACACGAUCGAUGAUUUAGGGGGUUUGUUAGCGAUGCAUCACAACAAGGAAAACUGGAAGACCCGGCGGGC